UAAUCUAAUCAAUAAACUAAUCGAUCUACGUGGCAGAAGGAAUCCAUAAUCACAAUAAAGAUGAAUACAUAUAAACAAAAAAAAAAGAUUAAGAAUAAUUAUAUCAGACGAAAAUGAAAUUAAUAAACAAUUACCCACUAGCCUAUACGUACAGCAAUAAUUAUAUAUAUAUAUAUACACACACACACAGAGACGAAAAGCGAUAAUUAAUUAGAAUUUGAAGAUUGAUUGAGAAAAACAAUGGCAGCGGGUGUGGAGACGGUGGCGGAGGAAUUGAGGGCGGCGUACGGCGGCGGCAAAACCAGAGAUUUGGAGUGGAGGGUUUCACAGUUGAAAGCACUUCUCAAAAUAAUUAAUCUCCAUGAAAAUGAAAUUGUUGAAGCUCUUCGCUCUGAUCUUAAUAAACCUGAAUAUGAAGCUUUUGUUCAUGAGAUCGCCGGCGCUUCGUCAGCAUGCAAGUUAGCAUUGAAGGAGUUACGCCGAUGGACGAUGCCUGAAAAAGUGAAAACGACUAUGACAACGUAUCCUUCAUCAGCUCAUAUAGUAUCGGAGCCUUUGGGCGUCGUAUUGGUUAUUUCAACUUGGAACUAUCCUUUUAUUUUAUCGAUCGAACCAAUCAUCGGAGCUAUUUCAGCUGGUAAUGCAGUAGUGUUGAAACCGUCCGAGGUUUCACCUGCCACGUCAGCAGUGCUCUCCAAACUUCUUGGAGAGUACAUGGACACGUCAGCGGUCAGAGUUGUCGAAGGCUCUGUGCCCGAAACAACUGUAUUGCUCGAACAAAAAUGGGAUAAAAUAUUUUAUACAGGAAAUAGCAAGGUGGGUCGAAUUGUGUUAGCUGCUGCUGCAAAGCAUCUAACACCUGUAGUUUUGGAGCUCGGUGGGAAGAGUCCGGUGGUGGUCGAUUCAAACAUCGAUUUAAAAGUAAGUCCUUUAAUUUAUCAGAAAUUGCGGAACAACCCCCGUAUUUUAUACUUCAUUUAUUUCGUGUUCUGUUUUUUUCUAAAGGUUGCGGCAAGAAGAAUUAUUUCGGGCAAGUGGGGAUGCAAUAACGGACAAACAUGUGUUUCGCCCGAUUACGUAAUUACUACAAAAGAGUACGCUUCGAAACUGGUUGAUGCAUUUGCUUGUGAAAUGGAGAAUUUUUAUGGAAAAGAUCCUCUCCAAUCAAAUGACUUGUCGAGCGUUGUGAAUUCUCGGCAUUUUGACCGUUUAAUAAAUUUAUUGGACGAUGAAAAGGUUUCGGGUAAAAUAGUUCUUGGAGGUCAACGGGAUAAAACCAAACUCAAGAUUGCUCCUAGUAUUAUAUUGAAUCCCUCAGAAGAUUCUCUGAUCAUGAACGAGGAGAUUUUCGGUCCUUUGCUUCCCAUUAUCACGGUCGACAAAAUCGAGGACUGCAUUGGAAUUAUUACCUCUAAAGAAAAACCUCUUGCUGCGUAUCUAUUUUCAAACAACGAAAAGCUGAAGAAUGAUUUCAUAAGCAACGUGUCAUCGGGCGGCAUGGUGAUUAAUGACACCACUCUGCAUCUUGCGGAGGCGAGCCUACCGUUUGGAGGGGUAGGAGAAAGUGGGAUGGGAUCGUACCACGGUAAAUUCUCGUUUGAUGCUUUCAGCCAUAAAAAGGCGGUUCUAAAACGCGGAUUUAAUGGAGAUGUGUCUGUUAGAUAUCCACCGUACACUAACGGGAAGCUGAAUUUUGUUAAGGCAAUGUUGAGUGGCAAUAUUCUCCGUAUUAUUCGUGCUUUAUUCGGUUGGUAAAAAAGUUUAUAUGUUAUUAUUAUUAUUAUUAUUAUUAUUAUUAUUAUUAUUAUUAUUAUUAUUAUUAUUAUUAUGUAUUAUUAUGCAAGAAAUGGUUAAAACGUUUUAUAAGUUCAAUUUGUGAUUCUAUGUUGUAAUAUAUAUAAGCCGAAAUGCUAAAUUAAAGAUCUUCUACUGUAUAC